AAGAAAAUUAAAAUUAUCGUUUUAACUGAAAAAGGGCGCACAAGCUGCUGUUGUGUCCUAAAUAAGCUCAAAAAAGGUUUUGAGUUUGAGAUUGGUAAACGCGGCAAAAUUAUACAAAACCCUAGUUAAACCUGUUGAAUUUGAAAUGUCAAUUAUUUCAAUGGCAGAACUGCCAAUUCUCCAAUUUGAAGACAAAAUCGUCGAAACCGUGGAUAAGAAUCCGGUAGUAGUUGUAAUCGGUGAAACUGGCUCGGGAAAGAGUACGCAGCUCUCUCAAAUUCUUCAUCGACGAGGUUACACCAAAUCGGGUUGCAUCGCUGUAACUCAGCCGCGUCGAGUUGCCGCUGUUACAGUAUCAAGGCGUGUCUCAGAAGAAUUGAAUGUGAGGCUCGGCGACGAGGUAGGUUACGCGAUUCGCUUUGAAGAUAGAACUUCGGAGAAGACGAUUAUUAAAUACCUAACCGAUGGAGUUCUCUUGCGCGAAAGUCUUUCCAACCCGGAGCUGAGCCAAUAUUCGGUCAUCAUAUUAGAUGAAGCUCAUGAGAGGAGCUUGAACACGGAUGUGUUGCUUGGAUUGAUGAAAAGAUUAAUUAAAUUGCGUGCAUCCAAUUUGAAAGUUUUGGUCACUUCAGCUACACUUGAUGGUGAAAAAGUAUCAAGAUUCUUCUCGAAUUGCCCAAUCCUCAACGUUCCAGGGAAGUUAUUCCCUGUUGAGAUACAUCAUAGCUCAGAACGACCAAAAAGUUAUAUUGAUGCUUCUUUGAAAAAAGCUCUUGACAUACACACACAAGAACCCGAAGGUGACAUCUUAAUUUUUAUGACGGGACAGGAUGACAUAGAGAAGUUGGUCUCAAGACUGGAAGAGAGAAUCCAAAGAUUGGAGGAAGGGUCUUGUAUGGAUGCUGUAAUUUAUCCUCUUCAUGGAUCUCUGCCUCCUGAAUUGCAAGUCCGUGUAUUUAGUCCUCCACCUCCCAAUUGCCGGCGGUUCAUCGUUUCUACCAACAUAGCAGAGACAUCUUUGACUGUUGAUGGUGUUGUGUAUGUAAUUGAUCCUGGUUUUGUGAAGCAACGACAGUACAACCCAUCAACUGGCAUGUAUUCUCUUGAUAUUGUCCAAAUCAGCAAAGUGCAGGCUAAUCAACGUGCAGGAAGAGCUGGAAGAACACGUCCUGGGAAGUGCUAUCGUUUGUACUCAUCUGUGGCCUACAAGGAUGACUUCCUGGAUGCUACAAUUCCAGAAAUACAGAGAUCUUCCCUUGCAGGAAGUAUCCUGUAUUUGAAAUCAUUGGACCUAUCGGACAUCAAUAUUCUCAAAUUCGACUUCCUCGACCCACCUUCUUUUGAAGCUUUGGAAGAUGCCUUAAAGCAGUUAUACCUCAUUGAUGCCAUAGAUGACGAGGGUUCUAUCACAAGUCUUGGACGAACCAUGGCUGAGCUUCCACUGGAACCUUCACUAUCAAGGACCUUGUUAGAGGCGAACGAGUGUGGCUGUCUAUCUCAGGCUUUAACAGUCGCUGCAAUGUUAUCUGCAGAGACUACAUUGCUCAUAGGCCAAAGUAAAAGUGCGGAUAAGAAGCGGAAGCACACUCCUUCAAAUCUUCCCGAUGGUUCUGGCUUCGGUGACCACAUCCAGUUCCUGCAAAUUUUUGAGCUCUGGCACCAAACUGACUAUCAUAUUGACUGGUGCAAGGAGAAUAACUUGCAGGUGAGGGGGAUGAAGUUUGUGAAGGAUGUCCGGAAACAGUUAUGCCAAAUAAUGCAGAAGAUUGCCAAAGGACCCAUGGAUGUGAAAACAAGUAAAAGGCGAAGGGAAGACCAAUAUUACAGAUCCUUGAGGAAAGCUCUAUGUUCAGGAUACGGAAAUCAACUAGCAGAGCGAAUGCUUCGUCAUAAUGGCUACAAGACCCUUGGCUUCAAGUCACAAUUAGUACAGGUGCACCCAUCAUCAGUGCUGAGAACAGAUGAAGAAGGCAUGUUCCCCAAUUAUGUCAUCUAUCACGAACUCAUUGCUACUACACGUCCAUACAUGCGGAACGUAUGUGCUGUCGAGAUGCCUUGGGUCAGACCUGUUUUUGCUAAACUCGAGAAUCUGAAUGUCGGCAAACUCAGUGGAGGAGCCAACCAGUCUCAUGAAGAGGUUCAACCAGAAAACGCAGUCGUGCAGAAGGACGACGAUGGUAAUGCUGCUCCGGCUCAGCCUGCUGAGGACCGCGACAGUAAAAUUCUCGCGGCCCGGGAACGUUAUCUUGCUCGUAGAGGUCAAGCCAAUAAAUAGCAGGACAUAUGAAGCUGAGAUAUCGAUACUAGAAUGCAGCCAGGGGCUGCCUUAUGCAUUGCCUCAGGUCUAUAUUCAACCUCGUCAUGAACUAUAUAUGUAUAUGUGCAUGUAUUAUUUGUAACAUUAUCCUCUUAAAUCAGUUUAAUAAUGAUGAUACAUACAAAUUUUUGCA